AAUAAAUCUAUUACAAAAAUUUGCCUUUCUGGAACUAUUGUUCCUUUAUUAUAAUUAUACAUGUCUACUCAUUAUUUAUAUACACAAUGUUAACAAUUACUAUACACUUUAUCGAAUAAAAACACAUUCGCGUUAAGUAUAAACAUUAUUCAAAAGUGUUACCAACAUUACAACAUAUAAUCUUUGUUUACUUAUUCGUUCAACGAAAGAUCAGGUCUAUUUCGCGCAACGUAGGUAACUUCAGUAAGUUUCCCGCUAUUUAUUGCUCUCUGAUCGUCAUAUGUUUUUUACUUCAUCGGUCAUAUACAUGGUGAAUAAAAUGUAGUAUAGAAAUAAUAAAGAGGCAGUUGACUAGGUAUGAUCUAACUUAAAAGUUUACAAAGUUGGAAAAUGUAGAAUCUGAGAAAUAAAAGAUUUAACCCUUUGAGAAUUUGAAAAGACAAAGAUUUAGAAAUUAAAAAAUUUGCAAAUUUGAAACUUUGUAUCACUGAAUAUAUAAGUUUGGCGCCAGAAAAGUCAUAAUGGCACAUGCGUGUUACUCUUGGUUAUAAAACGUACCCUAACCAAUGAGAACUGACAUGUGUAGAAGGAACAAAAACUCGUCGAACGAUACAUACGAUCUCUUAUUGAACAGAAUAUAAUUGCAUUUGAAUAAAAUAAAUAAAAAGAACUAAUAGAAUUGUUAACAUCUUAAAACAGCAAUUAACGAAAACAUUAUAGUAUAUUCUAAACUAUAAAUAUAAAAUAUUAAAUAUCGUUUUAUAUAUACUCAAAUAUUAAGUAAAAAGCACAUUAGUUAAAUACGAGUAAAAUACUUUAUAAAGAACAAUGACAAUUAUAUUGAAUUGCAAAUAUAUUACUUUUUCAAAAUGGCGUUUUAAACAAAUAAUAAAUGGAGGAAUUUUUAAAUAGUAUUCAUAAUGUGUAAACACAGUAAGUCAAAGUUGCGCACGUCACUUGUUUAUUCAUGAUUGAGGAACUAACGUAUAAUGUAUAGAAUGCAGAGCUCUGCAGAGAGUUGCAGUAACUCUUCACAUUGUGUUCUUGUCCUGUGCUUUUGACAGUCAAUUUAAAUUUAAAAAUGAUUGACAUAAAUUAUCUUUUUGCAAGCAGGUUUUGAAUAUAAAUGUUUUACAAUAAACUGAAAAACAUGAAAUUGGAAAUAAACUCUAUCAAUGUCUCGUGAUACAACGGUUUUUGAUAAUUUUACUUGAAGAGAAAAUCUAAAAUAAUACAAAAGAAAUGAACACGAUCAAUUUAAAUAUGCCGAAUGCAGAGAAAAUUCUUUUACUUCUAGAAGAAUUGUGUGAUCUUUCUUAUCCUGAAGUGCAACAAAAGUUAAACAAAUACAUACAAAGUGUAACUAAUACAAAAGUAUCUUUUCUUGUACCCAUCUUGAUAAAGUCAGAAGAAAUGGUUAUUCAUGUGAUAGGAGACAAAAUUUUAGACAGGGAAAUAAGAUUUCCUGUAUCAAAUAAUAUUUUAUACAAAGCAGUGCUAACUAAAAAGCCAACUACUGCAGAUAUUACAAUGCUUGAUGAAGAAGUAUUACGUUACCUCCAACCAAUAUGUCCAAUGACAAAUUCACUUCUGACAAUUCCCAUACAACAUCCUAAGCAGAACCAUGUAGCCUUAGUAGUUUCUCUAAUUGAUGAGAACAAUCAAAAGGAAAUUACUUGUAAAUGUACAGAAGCUGUUCAAGAAUGUUUUAGAUUUUGCUUAGGAUUUCUUUUAAAUUCACUUACAUGUCAUGAAGAAACUCGCUUAAAACACCAAUGCCAAAAUUUACUUGCUGUUUCUAGAAAACUUUUUACACAUUUGGGAGAUUUUUCUGAUCUCUUGCGAGAAAUAAUGGCUGAAGUUAGAAACUUAACAAAUGCAGAAAGAUGUUCAUUAUUUCUAUUGGAUCCUGAUCAGCAAGAUUUAGUUGCUAAAGUAUUUGAUGGUAUUGCUAUGAAAGAAUCUGUGAAAGAAAUGAGAAUACCUAUAGGACAAGGUAUAGCAGGUCAUGUUGCAACUACUGGAAAAUUACUUAAUAUUAGAAAUGCAUAUGAGCAUCCUCUUUUUUAUAGUGGAAUAGACGAAGUAACAGGUUUUAGAACUAGAAAUAUCUUAUGCUUUCCAAUUAGAGAUGAAAAUGGAAUUGUUGGUGUUGCGCAACUCUGUAAUAAGAAAGAUGGAUUAUAUUUUGAUGUUUUUGAUGAAGAAGUUGCUACAGCAUUUAGCAUCUAUUGUGGAAUUUCUAUAAUGCAUAGUAUUGUUUAUAAAAAGAUGCAAGAUGCUCAAGCAAGAAACAAACUCAGUAACGAAGUGAUGAUGUAUCACAUGAAGGUUGAAGAAGAUGCUGUUCAGGCAUUGUUAAACUGCAAGGAUGAACAUAAUAUAAAAGACUUUGAUAAAUUUCAGUUUACUCCUAGAAGUGUUCCAUAUAAACAUAUGCCUUGUUAUACGAUCAAAAUGUUUAAUGAUUUGGGUCUUAUCAAACAUUGGAAAAUGAAAUUAUCGACUUUAGCUAGGUUUAUACUAUAUGUUAAAAAAGGAUAUAGAGAUGCACCUUAUCAUAACUGGGUACAUGCCUUUUCAGUGGCACACUUUGCAUAUCUGUUAAUAAAAAAUUUGGAACUUAUUACUAAAAAUUAUAUGACACACUUACAAGCUUUGGUUUUUUUAGUAUCAUGUUUAUGUCAUGAUAUUGAUCAUAGAGGAACAAAUAAUUCAUUUCAAACUAAAUGCAGUACAGUUCUAGCUUGUCUUUAUAGUUCCGAAGGUUCUGUGAUGGAGAGACAUCACUUAGCACAGACCAUGUGUAUCUUAAACACAGAAAACUGUAAUAUAUUUGAAAAUUUUAAUAGUGAUGAAUAUAGCGAAGCAUUAGAUUUACUAAGAAAUAACAUACUUGCAACUGAUUUGGCAGCUCAUUUUCGCACUGUAGAGAAGCAGGAAGAAAUGGUUACAAAAAAUUUUGAUAAAAAUGAUCCUAAACAAUUGAAACUUUUUUUUGGUAUGCUUAUGACAUGUUGUGAUCUCAGUGAUCAAACUAAACAUUGGAAGGUUUCUAAAAAGACUGCUGAAAAAAUUUAUGAUGAAUUCUUUUCACAAGGAGAUUUAGAAAAAAGUAUGGGUAGUUCUCCUAUAGAAAUGAUGGACAGGGAACGAGCAUCUAUACCAGAUCUCCAAGUUCAGUUUAUUGCAAAUAUAGUCCUACCACUUUUUAUUAACCUUUCUACGUUAUUCCCGGUGAUAAAACCACUUGUUAAUGUGUUGAAUGAAAAUCGAAUUUUAUGGGAAGAAUCUAAAAGUAUAUUUCAAAAAUAUACAAAAACGGGAAUGAAAGGUAUCGACGUAUUAUUGGAUCCUGCAUUUGAAGAAGAAGUAUUACAAAUUUGUACUCAAAGCAAUAAUAAUCUUCCACAAACUUCUACAAACAAUCAUUAAAUAAAACGAAAAGUAGUAUUUGAGAUGAAAAGAUAAUUGAAAAAAUAUUCUAAAACGGAGAGAUAUCGGAAUUGUAAUCUUUUUAAAUCCAGAAGCAAUAGACAUACCAAUUCCUUGUUAGAAGAAUAGUAGUUGAACAAAUUAUUUUAUCAAAAGAAUGCUGGCGUUCUAAAAAGAAUAUUUAUUUAUUGCAAAUUUCGUAUAUAUUAAAGCUUUAUUUAUAUUUGUUGCAGAAUAUUUAUGUUACAAAUUGUACAUUCUUGGUUUUUUGAAAGUAUGUAUUUAUAUAUCGAUCAAAUACUUUUUUAAUCUUUUAUUUUGAGAUGAAAAUAUAUAUUUAAUAUAAAUAUAAACAAUAUAUAAACUACUGCUUAACUUAUGCAGUUUAAACAAAUUUGUAUCUCAUAUCAAAAACUACUAGCUUUAUAUCGAUUGUUACUUUAAUUUUUAACAUUCGUAAAUGUUACAAUUUAUCAAAUAUGU